CGGUCACUCUGGAAUGCAUUUUCAUGAAAAUGGAAAAUUGCAUUCACUUGCAGAAAAGUGCAUUUGCAUUUGGUCUGAAUAAAGUGGGUUUAGGAACCCGACAUUCCAUUUAGGAUUUUUUAUAUCAGUUAAAAACGCAUGCGGUUGAUUUUUUUUUAAUUCGCAGAGAGGAGGAAGAAGUUUUCUCAGAGGUCAUGUGGAAUCUUUCAACGUGUAAAAUAAUUAUUUAUGUCAGUGAAUCAAAAUGGGCAAUGCAAUAAGAAUAGUUUUUUCCAAUGCAAUUCGACCAAUUCGAAAUAUAAAUAUUGAAAAGCGAGCGCAUAAAUUUAUUUCAAAAGAAAAACCAACUCCAGCCCCUCAAUAUGAAUCAACUUCCAGGCAAAUUGAAGUAUCGAAAAGCAUUGAUCCGGAAUUUAUGGAGAGACAAAAAAUAAAAGAUCCAACAUUGAAUAAAUAUUUAAAGGACAUUUAUGUAAAAUCUACAGAUCCAGAUACAAAGCAGGAUUCAAGUGUUAAAGAAGAUCCAUUAAAACCUCUACCAACGUCUAGAAAAACAUUUGAAUUCGAAGAUUUUAAUUAUUAUUACGUUAAUAAUAUAAAGGAAGGAAAAUGUUCUUUACAACAUUUCCAAACUUUUCUCUCAAAGAAUGCGGAAAAUAGGAAAACUUAUACGGCUGAUAUUAUUGCCGAACAGUAUAAUUUAGAUAAAAAAGUUGUAGAAAAUAUUUUAAAAUACUACAGUAUCUUUCGAAUAGAGGUAAAUAAGAAGACAAAAAAACCUUCCUCUAUGGCAUUGUUUGAAAUACCUUCUGAAAGUAAAAAAUAAAAUUUUUCUUGUUGAAAA